AUGAGCCAAAAGCGACAGUCGCAAACUCGAAAAGUUAAUUUAAAUCCAAAUCUAAACAAAAAGCGAAAAAGUAAUAAUUCACAGGAACCGACAUACAUGCGAACAGUGUUUGAAGAAAGUGGUUUAAUUUUGAAUUUACCACCUGUAAAGUGCGUAAGUACAUUAGAAACCGUUCAUAUCAUACGAAAUCUAAAAAAAAAUCUUCAAAAACAUCCGGAUUAUCCAUGCAAUGUAUCACAAUUUUUCACAAACUUACAAAAAGACUGUGAGGAUUUACUUGUUUUUAAACAUUAUUUGUACCCUAACAUUAUACAAACAACUACUGAAAAUAAUGACAUAAUUGUUAAUGAUAGCAUUAUUAAAAUUCUUCUAAGUAUUCCAAUUAUUCAAACAAAAUUAAUGGAUUAUAUUAUUGAAAAAGCUAUAGAUUUGGCAACUGAAUCAAAAUGUGGCCCUUGGAUACAAAUGAUAUUAAAGUGUUUUUCAACAUUAGACAAUCUGUUAGACACAGAGAAAAUGUCAACUAAUCUUAUUAAUUUACUAGAUAUAGCAACGGAAAAAAUGGUCCGUCUGGAAAUAAUAACUUCAAUUCCUGACAUUAUUGGAGAUCAAGAACAUGAUAAUAUAGCAAAUGAAAUGAGCAGGAUUUUAUCGGAAGAUCACGAGUUGAUUCCAGCGAUUCUAGACUGUUUGUCUUACCUAUGCUUGUCAGAUGAGCAAUAUGAAAAGUUACAGAAAAAGACUUUAAAUAUAUUAAUGAGUUUAUCAAAAUGUAAUUAUUUUCCAAAUUUUGUGAAGUUCCUUCUUAUGCCAGGUCGCAUGACUGAUAAUAAAUGUAUUGAAAUAAUACAUGACCUAAGAAAUGCACUGGGCUGGCCUACAUCAAUUGCUAAACCUCAAGAUAUUGCCUCCAGUCAAGUGCUCACGGCAACAGCAAUAAGAAAUUCUAUGGUUUCCUCAAAAAGUAUUAGCAAUGCCUGGCUUAAAGUUAUUACUAAUUGUAAAAACAGUAAUGAUCAAAAACCAAUUGAUUUUAUUAUAAUGUUGAUCCUUUAUUCAUCAUCAGAAGAAAAAGAAAAACUAGUUGAAAACUUAUUAAAUAAACAAUCUAAAUUAAAUAUACUAAAGGAAGAAUUCUUCAGUGAGGCUUUUGAUAAGUUUCAACCAAUAUUAGAAGUCAACCUGAAAUGUUUGAUAAACCUCACAAAUUGCCUUUUAAAAACAAAGUCAAACCUUAUGAUUCAGACUCUGGCAGUACAUAUUUAUACUUUAAUGUUUUCUCAACUUAAAGAAUGCAGACAGACAAUAGUUGCAGAAUUACUUCAACUUGGACUAGAUUGCAAACAGUGUGUGAUGAAUAUGUUAAUCAUCCUUAAUAAUGUUGCAAUAAAGGAUGUUUCUAUACUAAGACCACAGUGUGUACAAAUGUUAACAUUGUUAGACAGAAUGGAUGAUAUGAAUUUAAUGGAAAUUAGAGCUGCCAUGAACUUGUUAUGUUGUCUCGCAUAUGCGUCUGAGAACUCUGUAAUCAGAGAUGACAUACAUAUGAUAAUUAGAAAAGAAUUAGGGAGUUCAAAUCCUUCAGUGAAAGUUCAAGGUAUUAUUUCUGGGAUUUAUGCUGUAAAGUAUCUUAUGGCACCUAAAACAGUAAAUAACAAUAUGCAGCUGGAAGAUAGCUCUUCUACUUCUGAUCAUUUAAAGAAAGGAGAUUUACAAGAGGCAUCUCAAAUAAUUGAACUUAUUAGUAGAAGUACAAGACAAUGUCCAGAUAUGAUUGUAUUUUUUUAUGAAGAACUUUGUAAAGUGGUUCAACCUUGUAAUCCUAUGAAUGAACAUUUCUUAGUUUGGCUUACUGAGGCUGUGACAAAUGACCUACAGCAAAAUUUUAUGGUAGAUGAUUUUGAAUCAAAAAAAAUUGGCAACAUUCAAAUAAAUAUGCAGCAUUGUUUAAAUAGUGACAGUGAAAUAGAUGAAGUUAUCGCAAUAAAUAUUGGAGGUUUAAUUCUACAAAAAAAGGAAGAUGUAAACAUAAGUCUCUUGUCUCCACUAUUUCAACUUGUCCAAACAUUACAUUUAAGACAGCAUAAAGGAUCUUUAUCCAGCAUAGAUGCAUUAUUAGGGUGUGCAAUUGUAAUGCCUUGUUUUGACAUUGAAGUUAUUGAUGAUAUGGAAUCUGACAAUAUUUAUCUUAUACUGGACUGCCUUGUACAUUGCGUAAACUGGAUACGUGAAAUAGUUAAUGCGUUUUCAUCAUAUAACGAUACCUCGCUAGUACCUAAACUUUUUAAAAGAAUUUCACAGGUCCAACAGUUGGAGACCUUCGUUGCUAAAAUUAUAGUCAAUACCAAUAUUUCAUAUAAAUUUCCUAUAAAUAACUUCUAUAUACACACUUCAGACUGUUUAGUGAAUAAAGUUACAAAGACUCAAAGUAAUAAACAUAGAAGUCAAAAGUAUACAAGUAAUGACGAAACACUUCCGGAAACUAGUAGAACUCAAGGAACUCAACGGAGUAAUUCAUUAAGAAAUAAAUUUGAUUAUGUUCAUAAACUAAAAUUUAGGCCUUUAUCGUUAAGUAUCAGUAAUUUACUAAAACAUGAUUUAUGCGAGAAUGAUGAAAUAAGUGAUAGUAAUCCUGACUUAACUAUUGAAAUUUUGAAGUAUAUUUUGAAAAACAUUUGUUCUACACUUGAACCCGUAUUAGUUGCAAAAAUUAAACAACCAUCAUAUCUAUCUAAAGGUACUGAAAAUGAUUUAGUGUACGACAAAAUAAAAGCUGAACAAUAUGCAAAUUAUGUAAACAGUUUCAUGCCAAAUUUAACGAUUCACCUGAAAUUGUUAACUUCGUACUUUGAAAAGCAUGCUGUGAGCGGAAGUCAAAAUGAAAGUGGGUUUAUUUAUUCUGCUAAGAUAUUAGACAUAAUCGUUUCUAUUGAAAAUAUAUACAACUUGUUGUCAAUAUACUUAAAAUGGAUCGGAUUUCACAAUAAUAAUAAUAUUGCUUUAUUAAAAACUUCUCUAAGAAGUUUAGUAGCAUCUUUAGGGUUAACUGAUCAUUCAGCAACAUUAAGAGAUUUAUUAGUAGCUGUAGCAAAACUAUUACAGGUUCAUACAAAAUAUUGCUUACAACUUUCUACAGCUGUUGCGUUAUUAGAAGUUAUGAAAGCUCUUCAAGGGUUUUCUUCUCACAGUGAUAUUUUAAAGAUUGUUAGAGAUACAGCUAACAAGUUUUUGUCGAAACAAUGGAAAUCUUCAGAUGGUGUAUUAGAAAAGGGAUUGCUAUUAAAUCAAAGUAUUGAUGGUUUUGCAAAAGAGUAUUUAAUAAACAGUGAAAUUCUAGAACUAAGACAUAUUUCUAGUUCUUUAGUUAAUGAAAUAGAAACAUUAAAAAGUCGUAAUAACACACUAAUUUCUUUCAAAAGCAUUAACAAAUCCAAUUUUCCGGUAUUUUAUAGAAAUUUAGGGACAGCCCUCGGUGAAGUUACAAAGAGGAAAAUUAAUAGAGGACUUACGAACUCUGAGCACUUAGAAUUAUGGAAAGAUGUUACAUUUAUUCUGAAGUGUAUGACUGAUAUAUCAAAGAAUUUUGAAAGCAGAAAUAAUCUAUCAGCAUUUUUCAAGAAAUCCUUACCUCUAAUAAAACUAUUUUUAACUCAUGGAAUGCCAAUCAUAGAAUUGCAAUUCAAAAGCGAAACACAGGAAGUAUUAGAGAUAUUGAAAACUCUUCAGCAAACUACAAGAUUUUUGCAAUCGCUUUGCUGCCAUUCGAGAUUGAAGAAAGAUAGUGUGCUAAUGAGCAAAGUUCCAUAUAUGAGGCAACUGCUAGAGACACUAAUUUAUAAAGUAAAAGCUGCAUUAACUGCUAACAACUGUUCAGAAGCAUUUUGGAUGGGUAAUCUUAAAAAUAAAAAUAUUCAUGGCGAAGUCAUAGCAUCUCAACAAAGUGUUGGUGAAGAAUCUUCUGAAGAUUGUGAUGAUCAGCUACCAGAUGAUGACGAUAGUGAUGACACCGAUGAUGACAUAAUAAACCCAGAUUCAAAAAGCUUAAGUGAUAUUAUUUAA